AUGACUGGUAAAGGACAAGGUAAAGCGGUUGGUAUAGGACGAUUGCAAUUCCCUAUAGGUCGGAUCCAUCGAUUUCUUCGAAAUGGUAAUUACGCCCAAAGAAUAGGAAGUGGUGCACCUGUAUAUUUAGCAGCAGUAUUUGAAUACCUUUCAGCUGAAAUUUUAGAGCUGGCAGGAAAUGCUGCCCGUGAUAAUAAAAAGUCAAGAAUCAUUCCCCGUCAUCUACAACUGGCAAUUCGUAAUGACGAGGAAUUAAAUAAAUUACUUGGUCAAGUCACAAUUGCGCAAGGAGGUGUUUUGCCAAACAUCCAUCAAAACUUGUUGCCAAAAAAAGUAUCAAAGAAAGCAUUGAGUAUUUUGGCUGCUCAUCCAAAUUUACUUCAUAAAGUUGUACCUAAUUGGAUUGAUCAAGAUUGGUGUCAUAGUAACGAACCUGGAAAACAAUUGAGUGUAUAUAAUUUUCGAGAGAAAGCUUAUGCAAAACUAUGUAAAUGUUAUGAGGCACUAGAAGCAGGAUCUGCUUCGGAUGCAUUAGUUGAUUUGAUUGGAACUGUUCCUGGAACAAUUGAAUUAAAAUCUGAUAUUGAUGUUGGUUGCCAUGAUGAUGUUUUAAAACAAAUGGGUGAUAAAAAAUUCAUAGCAAUGUUGCAACUUGCUAAUAAUACAGGUGCAUUAAUGAGUUGCUCUAUUAAUGCUCUUGAAGGUGAAAUAAAGCAAGAAAGAUCACCAAACAGAUUAGUGAUUGGGGAAUGGCAAUAUAAAACCAAAUAUGUUUAA